UAGUAAUAAUGUCUGAAUUUGGUAAUAUUUCUAUAUCUGCAUCUAUAUCGUUUUCAUACCUGGACCUGAUAUCAAGCAUGUUGCUGCGUGAUACGAAAGAGUUGGAAGCGGAUUAUCAGACCAAACUACAAUACGUGAUUGAGAAGGAACAAAAUUUAAUGCUAACUAAACAAAAUCUUGAGAAAAUUCAUAAAUCAAUUAACAUGAUCAAGAAUUGUGUGAUGAAACUGGAACUAGAAUUGCAACAAAAUGAUUGCAUAAUGGUUAAAGCAGAGCGUGCACUUACGGAUAUUGAGGAAUUGCUUCAGAGAUUUGAUGGAAAAGACUGCAAUUUCAACGAGAGGAGUGAUUAUAUGGAGUUCAUGGAACUACUUCUUUCAGCUCAAUCCUUCACGGCAAAGCGGAAGCUUUUGAAGAAAAGAUUAGAACGUUAUAGAAAAUAUCUGACAGCACAUGCCAAGCCGAAAAAUAUUUCAAUAUUUAAAAAGAAGACCUGUAUUAUUGGCAUUGCGGACUGUCAUUGCAAAGCGUUGAUGCAAAUUGAAGGCUUAAUUACGGAUUUGAAAAUGCAAUCUAACGAAAUUUCUCAGAUGUUUGAUGAUGAAAAAAAAUGAAUGUAACUUGUUUAGCUGCCUCCAAUACUUUUUACAGACUCUUGAGGCCGUUAUCCUAAAAAGGAAGCUAACAUAACCUUAUUUUUAAAGUAAAAUUUUUAAUUUUUGCGGUAUACAUAGAAUAUACAUAUGUAUAAAGUUGUA